CGAACAGCGGUUUUGGAUGAACUCAAGCAAACCAAGGGUACAGUGUGGGUGACAGACUGGGAGUGCUCUGGAAUAGUGGAGUACAGCAUAUGAUUGACAGUCUGCAGUAACUUCACCAGGAAAGGUGGGGCUGUGAGCCGUCAGCUCCCAGUCAGAGAGAGAGAAUGAACGUUUAACAGUCCCACGACUGCGGAACAAUACAGCCUUCCACCUAAAGGAGAUCAGGAGACAGUCUCUGAGAUUUCUGUUUGACAAGACAGGAAUCCUCACGAGAAGCACCAUGUCAUCGGAACAGGGGGAGAUGUCACCCUCACAGCCACCUCAGUCCCUCAAAUCGUCAGUGUCCCCGCCUCUAUCAUAUCUCCGUGACAAUAUCAAAACAUGGGAACGGAACAGCUCUCUCCUGGUGGAUCUGCCCAGUCCCCUCCCUACCAAACGCACCCGCACCUACUCUGCCUCAGCUCGGGCUAAUCUUGGGCCUCUUUCGAAGGGAAAAUGCAAGUGUUUCUCCAGGUCACAGGGUCACGGCUUCAUUACACCCAUGGAUGGGAAAGAGGACAUCUUUGUACACAUCUCUGACAUUGAGGGGGAGUACGUGCCGGUGGAAGGUGACGAGGUCACAUACAAGGUCUGUGCCGUCCCACCCAAGAACCUGAAGUACCAAGCGGUCGAGGUGGUCAUCACCCACCUGGCACCGGGCACCAAGCACGAGACCUGGUCUGGGCAGAUUGUUAACUCCUGAGGCAGGCCGGGCCUUGGGGGCUCAGGCCCUGUCAACGGGGCCUUCGAAAUGAAACAAAACAUUCAACGACGGUAAUUGUGGGGAAGAUUAUGUGAUUUGUGAGCCGUGUGUUGUUAUUUAAUGGUUCGGGAUUUUAAAAAGAUUUACACACAAAACAGAGCAGAGUUCCCACCAGGCUGGGGAAAGGGGUAUGAUCAUGGCUGUUUAUUUUUGUUUUUAUUUAUUUUCGCUAAAGUUCACUCGCACCGUUGGCCGUGAACUAUUUCUGCUUCAUUACAGAGUCUGGAUCAGACUAUUCCCCUGGAGGUAUGUUCAGUGGGAGAUAGUAGUGUAAUGCUAAUGUCACUGGCUUAAAGCAAUCUGAAUACCCAGCCAAAAGUCUCCUGGGGUUGGUGGAAUUGAAAUUCAAUGAAAAAAUUGGGAAUAAAAUCUAGUGUACUGGUGACCACGAAUCUAUGUUCAAUAGAAACCCGUCUGGUUCACUAAUGUCCUUUAGGAAAGGAAGUCUGCCAUCCUUACCUGGUCUGGGGCCUACAUGUAACUCCAGACCACAAAAAUCUGGUUGACUCUUUGUGGAAUCCCUCCAGCAUGGAAGUAGGCCAUUCAGUCCAUCCUUACCCUCCAGACAGCAUCCCACCCUAUCCCUUUAACCCCACAUUUCCCAAGAUUAACCCACCCAAC